UCUUUUGUGUUCUCCGGUUCCGGCUGGACCGGCGAAGUAACCACUCUUCCCCCCUUCAAGCCAGUCCCGUUUUGUUGAGCCGUCUGGCAUAAUGGGACUCACCGAGGCUCUCAUCGAGCGUGCCUCGGCCAAGUCGGCCCUUAUCCUCGUCCCAGGUCUCUUGUUGGCCUACGUCAUCGUCGCCAUCGUGGUGAGGCCAGCAUGGCAGGAGAUCAAGCUGGCUCGCAUGCCGGGCACAAGGGCGCCCCGGAUCAAGUCGAAGCUCCCAUUCGGCCUCGACUUCCUCUGGGGGGCAGUCACCUCGGCGCAAAAGAACCAGAACCUCGCCUUCUGGAACAAGAUGUUGGGCGAGGCCGGGGCAUACACGGUCGAGGGCCGUAUCGCCGGCCGCCGCAUCGUCUUCACCGCCGACCCCGAGAACAUCAAGGCGAUCCUGGCUACCCAGUUCAACGACUACGGCAAGGGCGAGCCCUUCCACCGGGAGUGGCGAGCCUUCCUCGGGGACAGCAUCUUCACCACCGACGGCGCCCUGUGGCAUGACAGCCGCCAGCUGAUCCGCCCCCAGUUCGUCAGGGACCGCGUCAGCGACCUGCACGUCUUCGAGAAGCACAUGCAGAUCCUGUUCCGCGCCAUCGCCAACGGGGGCGCCCUCGACGGCGAGAACCAGCCGGUCGACGUCGAGGCCGGCAACGGGAAGCCCGUCGAGAUCACCGAUCUGUUCUUCCGCUUCACUCUCGACUCGGCCACCGAGUUCCUGCUGGGCCACGAUGUCAAGUCGCUCAGCCACCCACGUCAGGAAUUUGCCGAUGCCUUCGGCGAGGUCCAGCGGAUCCAGAGCCUGAUCUCCCGCGCCGGCGCCCUCAACGGGCUCGUACCGCGCGGCCAGUUCAACCGGAGCAUGAAGGUGAUCAACAACUUCAUCAACACGUACAUCGAGCGCGCCCUGCGCCUGAGCCCCGAAGAGCUGGCCAGCAAGUCCAAGAGCGACGCCGGCUACACCUUCCUGCACGCCCUCGCCGCCUACACGCGCGACCGCCGGGUCCUCCGCGACCAGCUCAUCGCCGUCCUGCUCGCCGGCCGCGACACCACCGCCUGCACCCUGUCCUGGACCGUCUACGAGCUGGCCCGCCACCCGGACGUCCUCCAGAAGCUGCGCGCCGAGAUCCUGUCCGUCGUCGGCCCCACCAGGCCGCCCACCUACGAAGACCUCAAGAGCAUGAAGUACCUGCAGAGCGUCAUGAAUGAGACCCUCCGCCUGUACCCGGUCGUGCCCUUCAACGUCCGCCUGGCCCUCCGAGACACGACGCUGCCGCGCGGGGGCGGGCCGGACGGGCUCGAGCCGGUCAAGGUGCUCAAGGACACGCCGAUCGCGUACUCGACGCUGGUGAUGCAGCGCCGCGAGGACCUGUACCCGCCGCCGGGGGGCGCCGCCGCCUCCGCCCCCGCCGACGCCUUCUCGCCGGACCGCUGGGCGACCUGGCAGCCCCGGCCCUGGCAGUACAUCCCCUUCAACGGCGGGCCGCGCAUCUGCAUCGGCCAGCAGUUCGCCCUCACCGAGAUGGCCUACGUCCUGACCAGGCUGUUCCAGCGCUACGACCGCAUCGACAACUACACCCACCGCCACCCCGGCCUCAAGGCCGACAUUGUGCUGCAGCCGGCCGAGGGGGUUAGGGUCGGUCUGUGGGAGGCGAGGGCGGAGAAGUGAAAGGGGGGGGAAAAAGGGAAAAAAAGAAAAAAGAAAAAGGGAAAAAAAGUCGAGGGGAGGUUAGAGGGGAGGUUGUUGAUGCAGG